AAUUUUGCUGUUUUAAAAUGAUUAACCUGGUUUGCUUAUCCAUCUAAACCCAUCAUUUAAUUUGCAAUUAGUUAGACUGUUAUAAAUGCAUAAAAUAAAAUGAAAUCUGCAUAUUUGUUAGUUUGUUACUUUAUCAAAAGUAUUUAUGUCUGCUAGACAUCUGCAAACAUCCAAAACAUUGUCCUUAAAAUCUGCUAUUAUUAUCUUUUCCUAGAUGUUUUUUUUUCAUUAUAUAUUUUUUUGUAUAUAUAUAUAUAUAUACCACCCCUCUUCCCAGAAAGGGAAAUCUGCAGGAAAAUCCAUGUCAUUUCAGUAAAAUAGCCUUUUGUGAGGAAUAAAGCUUCAGAUAUGUCAGGCUUUCUGUGACUCACUGGAAGCACCUAGGCGUCUGGUCUUGUCCCCCAUUCCAAUUCAAUGGAAAUUUAAAAUGUGUCAGUCAAAGGUUCAUGGAUCUUUCUGGUAAGGGUUAAACAUUUGAAUGUUUGUUUUGUAAAAUUAUAUAGUAUGGAACAUAAGAAUUAAAUGUUUUAGGUAAGACACAUGUUCAUUUUAAUGUAUCUAAUAUUUUGAGAACAAAUCCUGCAAGAUAUAUGCAUUUGCAAAAUAAGGUUCUUUUAAAAAAUAUAUAGUUGUCUUUUUCUAUUUCUAAGAAGUGUGCUACAGAACAGUAAGUUGAUGUAAUUAGUGUAGUUUAACUACUUGUUCUUAAGUGAACACAGACCUUCUUAUCUUUCCCUCUCUCCUUGGUUUUCUACAGAUAACUCAAAAGUAGUGGGUAGAUACCAGAUAUCAUAUAAAAACAAAACAAAAAAAACAUACUAAGAGAACAGAAUUUAUAAAUGCACUAUUACAAAUCUUUUUCAUGCUAAAAACAUGCCAAUUUUCUUCUAUUCUGUAAACUGUUCUUCUCUUGCUUUAUCAGUUUGAAUUCUGGCUAAAAUCCACAUCAAUCCUCCUUUGAUUCCUUUGUUCUUAAGAUACUUCGAUUUGUUCUAAUUGUUUCAUCAAAAUCAGUUAAUUCAGACAUGCUUUUACAUUAUCUGAAGCUCAAAAACAAUUUUAAAAGUAUGUGUUUUUCAAACUAAAUGAUUUGUAAGAUAUUCUCAGAAAACGAGGCAACAUUUUGUCCUGUGUGUUAACAGAAUCCUCCCAAAUCAUGUUAAAUAAUUAAAACUUGCAAAAUAAGAUUCUUAAAAAGUGUUUAAUUACAGUGAAGUAAAGUUUUUUUUUUUUUUUUGAUCAAAAUCAGUUUAAAACAAGUGUUUUAAACUGGGAAUGAUUAAAUUAACUAAAUAGAUGAGUUAAUACAUUUAGUGCAUUGUCAGAAUGUCUCUGCACUACAAUGUGGUUAUUAUUUCAACAAGAAUUUGAUGUACUCUUUAGAUAUGUUUUUGGUCAAAUAAAAAAUAAUCAAAUAAUCAUUUCAGCAAGCAGUUUUUCACAGUGUAUUCAGAUUUGUCUCACUUUUAUGGACGGGUUUAGGUGAAACGGAUUCAUUGACUAAAAAUCAAAAGUGACAGGUGUUUAAUGUAUUACUAAAUCCCUAAAAUAUAUUUCAUUUAAGCUUUAACGCAGAAUCAAACAGUUCUUAUGUUAAAAUGAAUUAAACAAAAUAGCUUUAUCAUUACUGUUUUGCUAUUGUCGUAUUUGUCUCUGUAUUAUCAUAACUUCAUUUCUAUUUGCCUGCUGGCAUAGUAAUAUAUAAAUAUUUUUUACUAGACGUUAAAUCAUUUUUAGAGCUCUGUAAAACCUUGAAAAGCUACGCUUAGUUUUGCUCGGCAAAGACCACAAUGUGUGUGUGAGCAUUUUUUAAAAGAAUUAUUAGUAAUGUCACUUUUUUUCUCCAGCUGUCUCUAGACAAUUGUGGAAAAUGAUUUUACUGAGCUCUAAUUAUAGUUCUUGAUAAUGUAAAAGCUCAGUUUUAAAUAUGCUUUUCCUCCUUUUCAUAUAUUAUGUAGCCUAUCUGUUAGUUAAACCACAGCAGACCUUUGAAUAUUAUUACACAUUAAAUGCAUCAAAUUUUGAUACUUUAAAAUACUGAAAUAUCAAUUGUUUUAUCUGUGUUAUGUUUUCCUUCAGGCAGUCUGCAUAAAAGCUUAGAUAACGGUUUAAAAAUAUAUAUAUGUAAGGGUAAGCUCAAUGGCUAACUCUUAAUUUUCAACAGUCAGAUAUGUUAAUUUUAUAUAUAACUAAUUUUUCUGAUAGCACUUUUCUUUUUAACUCUUUUCUUCUUCAGACCUUUGCCAUCAGAACAAAUUUUGCAAUCCUAGAGGUUCCUCAGGAAUUCUUGCCCGUGUCUCUGUUAGUGUUCUGACGAAUAGAAAACCUUUCAGGGUUAUUAGUAAUAGCAAGAAUAUGUCACUGUUUGACAGUGAUGAAUAGCUUUAUUCAGAGCUUCCACUUUCAAAAAAAUCACAAUUUUAUUAUGGAAUCGGACUGAAGGAUUCUUGUUCUUCAUCAUGUGUUUUCCAGAAUUUAAUUAUUAAUGCUAACUUAUCUAUUUUACUUUCAUAAAGAACAAAAUCUCAUAUCUGUGUCAUGGACCACCUCUGGACAUUUUGCCAAACCCUUUCUGGACUUUACCACUGCUUUACUUAAAGCACUGAAAAUAACGACACACUCGGAGAAAGUCUUUGUGAUACCUCCAGCAAGCACAUAUAGUGGAGCAGAUGGUGGCCCUCAUUGGAGCUCUUCCCCUGUUUGGCGCCUCUCUACAGAAGCCUUUCAGGGAGUACCUUGAGGCCCAGAGGGCAAAAUUACCACACCGGACGAACGGGCGGGUGGACGGGCGGCGCGCAGGAGAGGCCACCCCAAUCGUAAGUCCCAUCACUCAUACAGAGUAUUUUUGUAUAUUUAUCCUCGGUUCCUCCUUUUAAUUUAUUACACACACCCUUAUUUCUUUUUUGUUCCACAUCCUAAUUACCUCCCUGCCCUAAUUAUCGCUUCGAGACUGGUUUUAUUCUACCGUGUGAUUCCGGUGAGGUGUUAUUGUUUUCAUGUGGCAGACCGUAGUGUCAGGGGCUCCGCGUGGGCCGUGCGGUGGUUGGUCGCGGGGGCCUGUUCGGGGUCUGGCUGAGGAGGGAUGCUGAGUCAUACUCUGAGUUCUUUGAGUGAACCGGACACUCCCCCGCGUCACACUAACUCCCCCCUCUCGGCAGCCGAACCCUGUUGAACCCAGUGCAGCCGGAGACGGGAGGGGCCCCUGGGAGUAAAAGAAGGAGGAGGGUGGGGGGGACGUUGGGAAGGGAAGCGGGAGGAGGGGGGUGGUUGAGGCUGUACUCUCGAUUCCUGCCACCGCCGAUCCCUCACAAGUGCGCACGGAAACAAAGAGCUACACCUUUUUUUUUUUUUACCUUCAUCUGCCCGUCUGCAAUUCGUUCGUUUUAUCUAAAGCUCUUUUCCAGCUCGUGUGUAUGCGUGUGUACGUGUGGGAGGAGGAAAUGAAAGAGAGAGAGAGAGAGAUGAAGUUGCACAAUGAGAGAUUACGGAUGUUUCUGGAACAAUGUUCCUUUUUUCUGGUAACUUGAACCUCCUGCAGUUACUUAAGGAAAGCUGUGGGCUUGUUCAACCGGCAGGAAGAGACGAUGCCACUGUGCGCGUGUCACUAACGUAAAUCUCGUGUGUUAAAGAAACAGGGAGAGAUUGGAAGGAAAUGCAUGUGGAGAUGAGCGAGUGCUUAACCUGAGAUGUUUCUGAUGAGUUAAUGCAGUAAAGAUUAUGCAUAACUGACUGUGUUUUCCUCUCUCUCUCUCUCUCUCUCUCUCUCUCUUUCCCUCUCCUUAUAGGUUUCCGAAGAUGGUGAUCAGUGUGGUUUGUUUCUCAUCUAGCCUAAUGCAUCUUGAACUUAUCUAAACAGAGUUAAACUAAAUUCUAGAGUUACCGCUAGAAUAAUAGGUUUAUUUUUUCCUGAGUUUAUAUAUAUAUAUAUAUAUAUAUAUAUAUAUAUAUAUAUAUAUAUAUAUAUAUAUAUAUAUAUAUAUAUAUAUCAUGGUUAUCGGUUAACAUUUUUACUUUUUAAUGUGCUUGGUUAGCUGGCGGUUUGUGCUGAGAUACUCAUGUUCUCAGCUCUGUAUCUUGCACAGGUUAUCUGAUCCCAUUGGUGGGGAUGUUAAGGUGCAGCGUGGCUUAUGUUGUGUGUGGUCUAUUACACUUAAGGGACCGACUGCAUUAAUUUCGUUUUAAAAUGAGUUUGCUUUGAAUUGCUGCAUAGUGGUUAUCUAAUACUAGAUUCUAAAAUCGAUUUCAAUUAAGGCAUAACAGGAAGUGAAUGUAAAGUAAUGCAACUGACUCUAAAGUCAUUAAAAGAUGCUAUGCAUAUUCACUAGUGCUUGUAUUGCAUUACUUUUUCUGAGCAAAGAUCGUGUUGUGUUCUAAAAGCUUGGUGAAUCAUAAUGUUCCUUUCGUCUAGAGUUAUUGUUUUGUUUCCAGAAAUCCAAAGAGGAGAGGGAGAAGGAGUGUGUGUGUCUGUGUGUGUGUGUGUGUGUGUAACCACAUGACUCACUACAGGGCCACUCCACCAGAUGCAAUAACGCAUUCAAUCAGAUUAAGAAGCGCGUUUGUAUUCAGGCACAUAUGUGCGUGGGCGGUUGCCACGUUUCGCGCGUAGUUCCUUUAUCGCACGUAUUCUAUACAUCUGAAGAGCAUCCGGUCACGCUGGAGGAUGCUCGGUGCUGUGAGAGAUGCUGGUUUGGAUUUGACUAACGGAUUGUCUAUCAGUUUGAAAGGUAAUUAUCUGCCCUCUUUUAUAGUUUGAAUAGUUUAAUUUACAUGCAGAGAACUAGCUAACGCAGUAGUGGUUUCCCAAAACCGCACAUUUUGGAUAUCUCCCUAAUCUAACACACCUGACUCAACUCAUCAGUUCAUUUUUAGAAGCUCUAUGUCCUGAAAUGGGUGUGUCAGAUCUGAAAUGUGCAGAGUUGGGGGGCCACAGGGAGCAGAUUAAGAACCACUGCGCUGGUGGCAUAACAUCAGGCAGCUAGGCGAACGUCUUGUCCAUCGCUUCUUUUUGCGUCUUUUUUUUCUUUUAAUUGCUUGUGAAAUGUUUUUUCGGUGCCUUUUUGUAACGCUGCCCUGGUAUGUGAGUCUGGAAGCUGCAGGCGUGUAAAAAAAUGGAACAGUGUGGAGUUUCUUUUGCCGUUACCUUAAAUGAACCCUCUGCUGAACUCAAUGCACUGCGCGCUGCUGGCGUAGAGGAUGAGGCAGUGUUGCCAGAUCUCGUGAGAAAAAGCAAGCGAACUGAAUUGCUCGGUUUUAAUGAUCAGCUCCAAAUAAUAUAGAUUACAAAAGGCAAAGCAAAGCUAAUCUGACUGCAUUAAUUAACAAAAUACUCUUUUAUACAAGUAUUUACUUUCGCAAAAAUAAAUAGUCUAUUUUACAUAUAGCUAUGCAGUUGGCUAUCUAAAUCAACAAAUGGAAAAGUUUGCUCUUUUAACUUAAUUAAAAUAGCUACAUAAUUUAAAAAAAAAACUUCCCAAAGAAUAAGAUAAUACAUACUUAUGGUAAUUUGUAUUUUUUAUUAUUUGUUUAAUUCUACAGUUCUUUAACUUUGAAAUCCACAACAUGCGUUUGUUUUCUGGAAAUGAACCAAAAGCGCAACGCGUCAUUGCUCGUAUUAAUACGCGACUUGAUGAAAAGUGGCUUAUAAUACGCGGAUAUGGCAACACUGCUGGUAGAGAGGGAGCGAGUGAAGGGUAGCGCGCGAGAGAGGCUGUGUCUCAAAAUCCAGCGAGACAGUCUUUCGGACAUUUCGAGCUUGAUGAUGAUGCCCCAAAAACCCUUUCUUGGUAGGCGCCUCGCUAGGAAUCGAAACACAGUUAGGGUGAGACAGAAAGGAGAGACUGCUUUCGAUUAUCUCACACAGCAUCCGCUGAAUGAGGGGAAAAACGCUUUCGGUUCUUCCAUAACGGGAUUUAAAUCAUUACAUUGUUAGAAUUAGUGACCACGCCUCUUUUUCAGCCCCACCCUCUCGUCUCAUCAUUGGUAAGUGAGUUAAUUCUUCAUUAUGUGUCUUUAUCGGUGUGGACAAGUCUCUCCCAGUGUGUCAGAUAGCUUAUCAGACUGGUGUUGGCUGUUACAUUCGCCCGGCGACAACAGUCUGUAGGCUGUCUGACAUUUUGGGCUUUUUCAUCCCCUCUGAAAACAUUCUAUUUUUAUUCGCUGUCGAUGUUGUUGUUAUUUUUAGUUUAUUUUUUUAGUUUUUUGCAUUACUGAACAGUGUUUUUGUCCUGAUAUUGGUGUCUAAUUUCAGUGGGGUCGUUAUGAAAGAAAUAUUUUCGAUGUGUGUGUUUACAGAGAGCGUUAUUGGCGUGUUCCUGCUUGUUCUAUAGACGUACAUGUGUGUCUCUGCGUAGCCCUUCUCUUUAAAGGGCGUGUGUGUGUGUGUCUGUGUGUGUGUGUAUGCGCGCGCUCGCGUGCCCAGCACUUGGGUUUUGUCCACUUGAAUUUCUUGAGAAUCAAAAAAAGAACACACCUUAUUGCAACACACUGUUAUGACAGAUCUUUUUGCCCACCCCUUCAAUUGCACUUGCUCUACAGUCCACCCCCCCCCCCCGUCAUGUAACUGUUCAGUCGUUAUCUAACAUGUGCAACUGGUAUUUGUUAUUCAAUUAAAAAAGAUGUUCAUUCAGCAAUCCCCCCCUUUUGUUUUUCACCAUUGUAAAACCACAGGGUGAUCUGCUUGGCUUUCACAGUCGAGUCGUAUCAUUUCCUCUAACUGUUCAGAACAUCCUGUACUUUUUAGGGAACCCCCUCUGCCAUUCAUGUAUGACUAUGCAUGUGUCCUGAGUGUGAAUAAAUAAAGUUGAAUGAAUUAAAUGUCAAUCUGUGUCCUGGUUUUUGUGAUUUGAGUUAUUGAGUUUUAUGUAUUUUUGUUAUUUGAGCUUUAUAAUAUAUUGUUCACACAUCGGAAGUUUUUUGGAAUGCACAGCAAUACAAAAUACAACAGUAAUUGCAGACAAUGAAUGCAAUUUCUGCAAGUUUCAGAGAAGGAAAUAAAAUUAAAAAUGUAAAGUUAAGAUCAAGUUUUUUUAAGAUUAAAAUUUAAGAUAAAUUAAAAGCGGUUAAAAAGAAAACACUAGGCCAUAAUAUAUAGGCCUACGUAAAUAUACAUAAUUUGUAUGAAAAUAAAGAUAAUAAAAUUACAAUUAUAAACGCGUACCAAAGCGACAACUGCAGUAAGAAAUAUAGCGCAAAUGUCAUUCCUUUUAUGGGCCAAUAAGAAGCAUCAAUGAAAAACGGCUCUGAAAUAUGUGUACUGUAUAAUAUCAUAUUUGCAUUUUCAUUCUGUCAUAAUGAAAUAGUUGUUGGGUCACUGUUCAUUUAGUGAUGUGAGUAACUCAGGAAAGGUCACGCCCACUACAGUUACUGGCUUUGCCUGAGGGUUCGUCAUUAUGCAAAUAGCUCGUUCAAACAGGUUUAAAUAUUCAAAUAAGGCUUGACAUGUUCAGUUGUGUCUUUUUUUUAACAGCCAUCCUGCUUCUCACCACCAUUCUUUUGUGUAGGUUGCACAAUACAGUGUUCUUGUUAAUCAUGCGACCAACAACACCACACUUUUGAGGGAUUAAUUAGAUUUCCAAACGUGCACGCAUAGUGUGCCACCUCGAGGAACCAGUAGGGGACACAAGUGAACCUUUUUAAAAUACAUUUACGAAGCAUUUUCCGAUAUCAAAGGACACAAUGUAUUUUAUUUGCAUAGCAGUUUUGUCAUUUAAAGUGUUCUACAUAAUGAAGUAGCUACAUGAUCAUUUGACACAUUUUGGAAGAUUCUGGGAGAAAGAAAAUGCAUCACAUCUGUCAAAAGCAAGUGUAUUCAUAAUUAAAAGUCUGAUGUCGAGGUGAAUCAGGGUCUUUACCUGUCCCAUGAAUCAAUGAUGUGCUGUCACCGAACAGGAGAACACUGGCACACCCAGGUUGAGUCAGAACCAGGUGUAAAUGUCACCCUACCUGACGCAGAUCCUAGUAUCUUUAUCCAGGAAAACUCUAACGUAUGCAUGAGCUUUGCAUAUCUGCACAUGUCACAGAAACAAGCAGAAGUAUUGACUUUGAUAAACUGUUAGCUUCCCUCAUUUCUCUCAUUCUGAACUGCCACAUUUUGGGGGGGGGGACGGAGUACAAUCUGUGUCUACAAUCAACAAUAGGAGGCCCGUUUUUAAAACGAACAAUACAGCUUAAAACAGCUUAAUUGUAGUACAUUAGCAUCAAUGGCCAAACAUGGAUAAACGCAUUGUUUUGGUGUCAGGUUGUGUAAAGUAGGUAUGAAUGAGUUAUUAUGCCUCUUUUUGAAAAGAAAAAAAGUACAACUUUGGAAAGUCCCUGUAACUCAUUUGCAUAGUGAUUUUUUUUAUUUUUUUAUUUUUUUGUUCUGCUUGAAGCAUAUGUAACACACACAAAGUGCUCAUUGUGAUCCAUUCAUGUGGUUUUAUAAAGUGGGGAACAGAGAAUUGUGGCUACCCAGCACUUUGUAACAAUGUAUAGUGUGUGAGCUCGCAUCUUUCUUCUGAACAUGCCUUUUGGCGAGCUUGCUGACUUUUGAACAUUUUUAAGUAUAGGAUAGGAUAAUAGGUUUGAAUAGAACUAGCCCCAUUCAACAAAAUUACUCUUCACAAUCACAAAUAAUCCAGUAGGGGCAAAAUGGUUGAAUUUUUCUUCCACAUUGAUCUCAAAAUCUAAACAGAAGUAGGUACACCUUAUAAAAUCAGAUCAAGCAAAACAAAAUAUAUGUGUCCCCUGACCCAGAUUAUAUUUAUAUAUAAUAUUAGUGUCUAAAAGAGUAUGAUCACCCCAUUCUAUGUUAGUGAAAUGCCCUAUUGGUUGUAUAUAGGCUACUAUACAACAUACUUUGUAUGCAUAUAUGUAUGCAGUUCUAAUCUAUAUUACUAUCUCAAAUCAGAUGACGAAAAGUGGAGUUAUUUGUUAUUAAAUCAAUUAAACUUGAAAACACAUGGGCAUAUCAGUGAUAAUGCAGUAGCUGUGUGUCUGUGAGGUGUAGCAGCGCGAAUGUACAGAAGCAAAACAUUGUCAGGUCUUUUGUCGACACCUACUGGCAGUGAGGCGGUACUACAAGUAAAAGCAGCUUCCUAUACACACAGAGAGUGACGUCUAUUUCCUAUCCAUACACCCACUUACCUCAGAUACAGAACGAGGGGAGUAAAAUAAAAGAUAUUCGCUUGUAUGAGUAAAACUCUAAUUCAUUUUUUGUCAUUUGUUUUACACAUUCCGGAGCGUUCGCACAGACGCUCUGUGAAAUUCGCUGUUUGCCGUGAUUAACGUUUACCGGCAGUUAAUCUCGGUUAGGAUACGUUGCGUAAUGCGUACCGGAGCCGGUUAUGGCGUCGGUGAGUCGUGUGGGAUCAUGAGGUGUCGGGAUUCAUCAUUAUUUCGGUAUUGGUGCGUGUAAAGAAACUGUGACCAUGGCCGGUGUGUUUGAUAUCGACCUCGACCCAACGGAGGACAGCGUGUCAGAUGAGGAGCUCGCUGACGGGGCCAAGCUUAAUGAAUACAUGGAUCAGUGCAGUGGCUUUGAAUUUAUGGAAGACUGUGAGAAGUUCGAGAUCUCUGAAAAUAGUGUGAAUCAAGGCACGGAGCAGAUUCGUCCGGAAUGUUUUGAGUUGCUUCGUGUUUUGGGUAAAGGAGGAUAUGGAAAGGUUUUUCAAGUUCGCAAGGUAACUGGGCCAACUUCUGGGAAGAUAUUUGCCAUGAAAGUCUUGAAAAAGGCCAUGAUCAUGCGCAAUGCAAAGGACACUGCUCAUACUAAAGCAGAACGGAGCAUCCUAGAGGAAGUUAAGCAUCCCUUCAUUAUGGACCUCAUGUACGCCUUUCAGACGGGGGGCAAACUUUACCUCAUCCUGGAGUACCUUAGCGGUGGAGAGCUGUUCAUGCAGCUGGAGAGGGAGGGGAUCUUCUUGGAGGACACAGCCUGCUUUUAUCUGGCAGAGAUUUCCAUGGCCUUGGGUCACCUUCAUCAGAAAGGCAUCAUCUAUAGAGACCUGAAGCCAGAGAACAUCAUGCUCAAUAAGAAUGGUCAUGUGAAGUUGACAGACUUCGGACUGUGUAAGGAGUCGAUCCACGACGGUACCGUCACACACACCUUCUGUGGAACCAUAGAGUACAUGGCACCAGAAAUCCUCAUGAGAAGUGGCCAUAAUCGAGCUGUGGACUGGUGGAGUCUGGGAGCCCUGAUGUAUGACAUGCUAACAGGAGCUCCACCAUUCACCGCAGAAAAUCGGAAAAAGACCAUUGACAAAAUCCUAAAGUGCAAACUGAACCUUCCACCUUACCUGACCCAAGAAGCACGAGACCUUCUGAAAAAGCUGCUGAAGAGAAAUGCAUCGAUCAGGAUGGGAGCAGGUCCUCGAGAUGCUUUAGACGUCCAGGCCCACUCCUUCUUCAGACACGUAAACUGGGAUGAUCUGCUGGCUUGUAAAGUUGAACCUCCCUUUAAGCCUUUUUUGCAAUCAGCCGACGACGUUAGCCAGUUUGACUCAAAGUUCACUAGUCAGACUCCUGUGGACAGUCCCGAUGACUCGACGCUCAGUGAAAGCGCCAACCAAGUCUUCCUGGGCUUUACGUACAUAGCUCCAUCUGUGCUUGAAAACAUCAAGGAAAAGUUCACUUAUGAGCCAAAAUCCCGUUCACCUCGCAAGCUUCUGGGAAGUCCAAGAACACCAGUGAGCCCUGCCAAGGUUGAAGGGGAAGACGGUUGGUCUCGAGGUCCACCCUUCCCAGAAGUGACCACAACCACCUCCUCUCUCCUGCCACCCACUGAUACACCCAUGGAGGUGUCUAAUGUGGAGCAGAUGGACGUUAGCAACAGCAUGGAGGUGUCGGCCCCUCUCCCCAUCAAAAAACCACUGGGAUCCAGCGCGGGGUCCUUCAUAAAACAGGCUAACCCAGUAGGCGGCAGGAGACCCCAGCAUUUGAGGAUGAAUCUUUGAUGAUCGUCUUAAGUUUUGCACUUUAGGAAUUUAUUAAAUUACCCAAAGGCCUUUCUGCACCCUGUUUUCAUCACACUUGCCGCCUCAGCAUACUUCAUACAAGCAUGCAGAGCUUGUUCAGAACAAACCCUGUGACCUCUCUCUACUUGCACCAUAGUGAGUUGGUCUGCUGCUUGCUAUGAAAGAGAAAGAGACCACCUUGCACUUUAGGUGACUCUAGCAUGAAUUUCACAGUUUAUUUUUUAUAUGCCAUGCUCAUGCAAAAAGUGAGGAAGAAAUGCAUAUCUUCUAUUCUAUAUUUGAAGUUCGGUCUGAGGUUGAGCCCCUCGUUAUUGUUUUGCUUGACUGUAUGACGUUGGAAUAGUACCAGUGUUUAAAGAGAGAGUUCAUCCAAAAAUAAAAUUGUCAUUUUCUGUCAGUUCCAAACCUGUUUGACUUACUUACUUUCUUCUGUGGAACACAAAAGAAGAAAACAUUCUCAGUCUUUUGUUGUUUUAGACCCCAUUGACUUCCAUUAUAUGAACAAUUGAAUCAUUUUUCAAAAUGUCUUCUUUUGUGCUACACAGAACAACAGAAAGUCAUUUAAGUUUGGAACAGUAUGAGGGUGAGACAGAAUUUUCAUUUUUGGGUAAACUAUCCCUUUAAGGUGGUGAGAGAAGAUCUAGCUCUACAUUCCAGUGGAAUCUGUUUAUUUUGCGAUGGAUUUGAUUCUUAAUGCAUCAGUAGUUAUUAGGACCACUAGAAUCACAGAUGUAGAACACUUCUGGAGUGACAGUUGUGUUUACCAACCAAUGAUAAACUAUAAAGUUUAAUAAGCUGAGGUUUUUUUUGUUUUGUUUUGUUUUGUUUUUUAAUUUUUAUUUUAUUUUAUUUUUUUGCAAUGCUCUUUGCUCAAGUUCAUGAGGCAGUGUUGGAUGACUUCAAGACAUUCUUCUCUUGUUUUGGUCUGUUCGUGAUAACAUUUAAAAUUCAUACAUUUAAGUAUGAAUCUGCCUGCAUUGUGGGCAUCAUAUCAAAUGCUUUACUUUUGGACAGUAUGCAUUAUUCUGACCAAAGAGUAUUAAAAACACAAAAUUACCAGAUAACACUAGAUAAAUCCUCUUAAUCCAGAGUACUAGUAGUUCUUUCUAAGCCACAUCCACAAACAUUAAUGCCACCAAUAUUAAUAUGAUGUCAUCCUUUUGUGAAAACUAUUGGUGGAACAUCUUUUUUUGCAGUUUUACUUUUCUCUUUUUAGUAUUGAAGACAACAAUUCUGAAAUAGUUUCCUUUUAUUUUUUUCUAAAUAUGUGUGUGUUUUGAAUUUAUUUUUCAGCUGCCAUAUAGUUUUGUAAACUAUGCAAAUUAUUUAUUCUUAAUCAAGAAUGCUGUUGAUGAUUUAGCUGGAUUUGUUGCAUAAAGACAACGGCAUGCCCUUUCAUUUUUAUUUUCGUACUUCUUUCUAUGGUGAUCUUAGGGUGAGUCAAAAUAAUUGUAUUAUUCUCAAGGACAGUAAAAAUGUUGGGAUUUUAAAUAUAUUUUCAAGAUGUGCAGUGUACACACAUACACAAUAUAAAGGGAAAACCACUGGAUUAUUUAUUGUUCUGUUUUGAUUAAAUAAGCUUGGAUAUAUGUGGUUGAGGUGAAAUCUCUAUUCUGAAUGAACUCAGAAUAAUGGAAGCAUAAUAAAAUAGUAAAUCCUUCAAAAAACAAACACAAAAAAAAAA